UGGAACGAGUCAGCCAAGUAAAAUCUUGUUUCUUUCUAUCAGAUGAUGGGUCAAUCAUAACAAAAACUAGUGAUGGUAGUUUCUGGUCUGCCCAAACAUGCAGUGAGUGCCUUUUGCAGCCCCUCUGGUGUUUGUACAAAGUAGCCUGCUGGAGGGUAGGGUAGGUGUGUGUCGAGCUGUUCCUGUACCAGGAGUGAUGUUUUGUUUGGGGAGAGAGAGAGAGAGAGCUGACGCUGGGAGAUGGGCGGACAGGAAUCGCAGUGAUUGACAGCACCGUCUGAGUUACUGCUCAGUUUCGGCAGGGACACUGGCUCAGUUUCAGUGCUGCGGGGAUCCCAAGGAGCAGCCCAUGGCGACAGCGAGCUCGGCGUCAGCCGGCACCAGGGCAGUGGCCAAAGCCGGUCAGUUGCUGUCGUGCCGGCGUGUCCUGGGCUCCCCGUCGGUGCCGGGGGUCCGCCGCCUGAGCGCGGUCAAAGCCAGCGGCCACAGCCGCUCGCGGAACACGCCGGGGCCGGAGACGGAUCGCUCGGUGCCGCUGGUCAGUCACCACCGGGCCACCCGCUCGCUCGUCUACCGGGACGUCAAGCUGUUCCUGAACGAGAUCGGCGCCGAUCCCCGGGAAGCCCGGUACUGGCUCACCCAGUUCCAGAACGCCAGCAGCAGCGGCAACAACAAACUCUUCGCCGUGGUGGAGGUGGACGAAGAGGUCUUUUACUCGAAAGAGAUGGUAUCCAGUCUGGCGUUCGGCCUGGCAUUCCUACAGCGAAUGGACAUGAAACCUGUGGUUGUGAUAGGAUUUUCAUGUCAGCAGGCUGGAGAGCGAUCCGAUUCAUUCACUGAAACCAAAUCCUUAUUACUCAGGAAUUGCAGGAUCCUAACUGAUGCACUGCAUAGGAAUUCAGCUGUCAUCAUGCCAUUUUUUAAUGGAGGUUCCUUACUGAGAGCAGAGGAGUCUUCGUCUCACAACAGUUUUGGGAACGUAAUUUCGGUGGAGCAAGAUCUGUUAAAUUGGAGCCUGGAGUCUGGCCACAUUCCUAUCAUCUGCUCUGUGGGAGAGACCUCUGAUGGACAAUUAGUGCUUCUAAAUUCCUUGGGUGUCACAGCAACAAUUGCCAAGUUAAUGCAACCCCUGAAAGUGUUGUUUCUGAACAAUUCUGGAGGUCUUCAGGACUAUGACAGAAAGUUUCGUCGUUCUCAAAGCGCCGCUUCAAGUGCCAAUGGGCGUUUUCAACAUCGAAUCUCUCUUGGUACCAGAUGUGGGGAGAACCUUCAGGUUCUGGGACAGAUCAAUCUUCCAUCUGAUCUAGAUCUUCUUUCAAAUGCCAACUGGAUUAGUGAAAAAGAGGAAGAGAAAGCAAAAGUGAUCAUGGAUCUCCUCAAUCACAUACCAUCAGAAUCAUCUGCUGUCAUCACUUCUGCCAACACCAUACUCACAGAGCUCUUCAGUCACAGAGGAGCUGGGACAUUAUUCAAAAAUGCUGAACCCAUCCGCAGAUACACAAGUCUUGAUGAAAUAGACACAACCCGUCUAAUAUCACUCAUAAAUAAAUCUUUCGGAAAAGAUCUACACAAGGACUAUAUCUCACUACUGAAUCCCAGGCUACAUUCUAUUUAUUUAUCAGAAGGGUACAGCGCUGCUGCAAUUAUCACCAGAGAGCCUGUCCUGAAUGGAAUGCCAUAUCUUGACAAGUUUGUGGUCAGUACAAAUAAACGUGGCCAAGGUACCAGCCUAAUGCUUUGGGAAUGUAUUCGGCAGGAUUUUGACUCUCUGUUCUGGAGAUCAAGAGCGACAAACAGAAUCAAUCCCUGGUAUUUCAAACAGUGCGAUGGAAGCUUUACAACUGGAGAGUGGAUUGUCUUUUGGUAUGGGCUAUCUAAUAUGCGUGACUCUUAUGAACUCGUGGACCAUGCAGAAAGUUUACCUGAUUCAUUUAUACAACCAAAUCAGCCUCUAAACCAGCCAUCAUCUCCUACAGAAAACUCAAACUAAAUCUCAGCACUUUCUGUGCUAGGUUUUCUUUGUCAUCUGAAUCUGAAAAAUUGCUGCUCUAAAGUUAGAUUUGCCUUAGUUUACUUCUUUGGCAUACCCAGUCAUUCUGAAUGCCUCAUCCUUUUUAAUCUGUUGAGUGGGAUUGGUUGCCUACAAAUUCUAUUAUACUAAAAGAGUGAAAAAUUCUAUUUUUAUUAGCACAAGGCUAGUAAAAUCAAAAUUAAUGAGAAUUUCAAAAACAAUUACCAUUUUAAAAUCAACUACAUUUCUGUCUUCUACAAAAUAUUUGUUGUAAAUGAUAACAAUGAUUGUUAAGGUUGUUUUUACUAAAACUGAGCAGAGAGAUGCACAGGCAAGCUUGCUCAAAGACUUAUCAAACAAGCUGUGCCAUCAUCCCCCAUUUGGAAACGUCCAAGAGCAGAACAAUGGACCUCUCAAUGAUGCAUAUGAUUUCCAUUGACUCAGAGGAAGGUUGCACACAAAGUGCAGUCUGUUAGCUAAAACAGGUUGCCACUCAUAGCCGAACUGAGGAGAAUGUGUCUGAUGAGAACAAUUGUCUUGAAUGAGAUAUAAGAAGCUAGAUCUACUGUGUAGAAACCUCCAAGAGGGAGUUAACUUCAAAUUGAAUUAUGUAAAGAUUCUUGUGGCCAGUGAUUCUGAAUUCCUUGCAUAAAAUCCACGAGAAAGUUUUUUUUUAAAUGGUAGCUUAAUAACCUGGAAGGAAAAUAUAUCUGUAUAGUGUGCGUUUCAAGUGUGGCUUUCUUCAAUGGUGUAAAUGAGGAAUGCAAAUCACAUUGGUAGCAGUACAUACCCCCCUUGGAAUGGUAGAAUAGUGGUUGAUUAUUUACCUGAAUUGUAAUCCAGAACAUUGAACAAAUAAUCCAAAACCAUGAGUUCAAAUCCCACAAUGAUAACAUGAAAUUGUUAAUAAAUGAAUCAAGAAUGAAAAAGUUGAAUCAGAAAUUAGGGCAAUGUAAUGACUAGCCUUUGUAAAAGCCUAUCUAGUUUACUGCUAUUCUGGAAGAAAGGAUUUUUGCCAAUCUUAGUUUGUACUUGACCUUUCAGUCUUGGCAAUGCAACUUAACUGACCUCUGAAAUGGUUGAGCUGGGCAUUUUGUUAAGGACAGUCAGGGAUGGCAAACAAAUUCUUCCUUGUCAGCAGCGUCCAAGUGCUCUGACUGAAUUAAAAAUCAUGUAAAGAGCAGCGAGAAAAUGACAGGAUUGUAUCACUCCUAAAAGAAUUAGCUAAAAACUAAGCACGUAAUUAGAGCUCUACACCUAUUGUUUGAGAGUCAACCAUGCUAUUUAAUUUGACAGUUAUUUUAGAACUGAAAAAGACUCCGUUAGCAGUUCCUGGAAGGCAAUCGUAGAGUAUACUACAAUAAAAGCAAUUUGUAUUGCAGAAACUCAGUAGAACUGCAAGAAUAAGUGAAAGGAGAAACAGUUAAUAUUUGAGGCCAUUCAGCUCGUCAGGUCCAUGUCUCGACCAAUUCAGCUAAUCCCACCUGUACCUUUGCCCCACAGUAGUACUGCAAUUAUUUUAUCUUCCCAUCACCAUUGGGUUCUUAUACCAGUCACCUUCAAUUGGUGUUCUCUGCUGCUCAACAGUUUUCUUCUGUCUACUUGUCAAGACCACAAAAUUUUGAGCACCUCUAUCAAACCAUCUCUGCGUCAUUUCUCGUCAAAGGAGAACAAACCUAGCUUCUUGUAGGAUGCAUUAGAUCCUCUCAAUUCUGGAACCGUUCUUGCAAAUCGGUUCUGCCUGUUCAUCCUUCCUCAAACAAGGUGCCCCAGAAUUGGACACAUUACUCCUGUUGAGGCUGAGCCAGAUUCAUCACUAAAUUCCUUGCUUUUUAAUCUAUAUUCCUCUACUUAUAAACCCUAAGAUCCCAUCUGCUUUUUGAGCCUUGGUGCAGGGUGCUAUUGACCACAUGCACAUCACUUUCAAUGUGCCAUGCAUCAGUGUCAUGCUGGUCAAAAUGGGAUUCAUUCCCCUCCACCUCCACAUGGCACAUGGUCAUUGAUUGUGUUACAUCUGGCAAUAACCAUAAAAGCUUCAUUCUGCAGCAGUCAGCCUACAAAUGAGUCACCGAAGCAACUCAAAAAGCAAUUGUUGGAUGACAAGGGCUUUUAUUUUUACUUAAAUUAGCAGACAGCACCCGGUUUGUGUGCUACCUGCAAUUGUCCCAGCAAAGGGUUAUUGUUCAUUUUCAGCCCCUAUCCAAAUUUAGCCAAUAACAUAAUCAGCAUUAUCUUUUGAGAUAUUUGUAUCUGGAAAGAAAUGUGAAGAAAACUAAUAAUGUAUAACUUACAUGUGAGAAUUGUAUCCACUAUUCAAGAUAUAUAUCUGUAAGCAGUCUGGGCUAUAGUUCAUAAUGGGUAUAGGUUAGAGAUUUUUAUUUAAUUAUACUAAUUUUCUUUCAGCAAUGGUUUCAUAUCCUAUCAUGGAUAUGCAGUGGUACUAAUAUGUAUCAUUUAUAAGUUCAUUUCAAGAUAAUUAGGAACUUGCCAAACUGUUCAAACAGACAAUCCUGUCCUAAUUGUAGACCGUAAGAGUGGAGCAGAAAUAAUACAUUCAGCCGCCUGAGUCUGCUCCACCAUUCAAUCACAGCUGAUAUGUUUCUCAAUAGUAGUAAGCCAAAGGUAGGGCUGGAAUUAAUGCAUCUCUGUCUUAGGUCUAGUGCACAUUUGUUUUUCUUUUCUCCAUUUGUACUUUGAGUAUUGAAUGCCUUCUUGACUCUGAAAGCUUUCAAAUUAAAACCUAUGUAUUUAUGAAACAAUUUGUUUUAAUCAAAGGAACAGAAAUGCCAAGACCCUCAAUCUGAUUGUCAUUGAAAUGUUAUCACAAAUUAUAACAAAGAAUUAACAGAUUACUUGUCAGUUCUGUGCUGGUGAGAGGUUUUAAAUUGUACUCUUUAUCUAACUCUUAUUAGAUGUGGACAAGGAUGAUGUCCAAAAAAAAAGCAAAUGUGGUUUUGCAUCAAUUCUCUCCAUUUUUAGGAGACUUUUUAUUCAUCAUGAAUGCUACCUCAGCGGAAAUCUUUACCCUGGGAGUAGGCAAAUAACAUUUUAGUAAUCCAUUUACUCAUAAAAGCAUUUGAAUAUUAAUGCUGAAUAUUAAUGUGGUAUUGGCAUAGUGAUAAUUUGUCACUACACUGAUGAUGGAAGGGUAAUUUUGUGAGGCUUUUCUUUUUCUAAUAAAGUUCCAGUCUACUGAGGCUGCGUGCUCAACUGAACGGACAAUUAAUUUUAUGAGGACGCAGUCCACUUAUACUCCAAGGAGUCUGACAUUAUGCUUACCAGUCUAUUCCUCCUUGGUUGAUUUUGUUUUGUUAAAAAACACAAAUGAGAUGUUAUUUUAAUAAUAUGAAAGAUGGGGUCAUGGCAUCAGAUGCCAUUAGGAUUUUCUAUCAAAAUGCUGAGUGUUUUCUCUACGGUGCAUCUCACUAAUACUUAAUUUAUAAAAACAGUUUGAAACUGCAGAAUGCUUCUGAGUCUCUAUUCCAAUUUCCCAGUCGCUUUAAAAGGAGUGUAUUCUUGACGGCCACUAUUUGUAGUGGAUUUGUAACUGGAUGGUGAAGGAACUGGAUGCAUUGAAGCUGCUGGACAGUUUCCAUAGUCUCAUUUAGGGUCAGUUCUUUGCACUUGGAAGAAUUAGCAUUGUGUUUUGUUUCAGAAGAGAAAAGGUUUAACAACAAUGUUAUUCUAAGUCAAUUCUAGUCACUGUAACAGUAUUUGAGAUGUUUGACCAGAACAUUUACUGAUAAACACAUUUCUCGAAAUCUAGAACACAGCCAAUGCUAUCCUGGAUCACCAGAUACUAAAGUCAACAUAAAAAAGGUCAUAAGUUGUAAAAUGAACCCGGUCUUAAAAAACAUUUACAGAGGUGAAAGAUAACUUCACUUAAAUAUUGACAGGGAUUAGAAUCUUAUGCCAAAUCUAAAAAAAAGCAAUACAAUUAAAUAACUGAGCCACCAGACCAAUGCAGCUUGUAGACAUCACCCCUAGGGUUCAGAUCACCCCCAAAAUGUCCAUUUUGUGAAAUAAGCAAGUGUUAUUCUGAUCAAAAACUGAAUAUAUUUUAUCUCAAUGUCUGUUUGUUUAUUUAGCUCAAUAGCAAAUCUAUUUUGUGAGGCAAUAUUUAAAAUGUUGUGUAAUGAGAAGGCCACAUGAGAUAAAUUUCCUUCAGUUUAAAUUAAGGCAUCCUUUAAAAUACAUAUACUAUGUAACCAAAGUCAACACACAGUCAUUGUGUAUUGCUCAGAAAAGGAUAUAUUUUGCUGAAACCUUUUGUCAUGCAUUCUUCAUGACAGUUCCAGGGGAACAACAUUUGUAUUAGAAGUGUGCUGAUGGUUGGCAAGUGGAUUGGUAUAGAUAUUGUCGAGAGUGGAAAAGUACAGCAGGUCAGGCAGCACCAGAGGAGCAAGAGAAGUGACAUUUCGGGUACAAGCCCUUCAUCAAGUAUAGAUAUUGCCAAAGAGAAUGCAUCAGUUAGAUAACAAGUGACAGCUUGCAAGUUUUAUUUAUAUUUAAAUAGGCAGGUUGACUCGGAUUAUCCUAAAGAAUUAACCAGAUUGCUGUUAGCUAUUUUGUUCAGUAUAAACAGGUGCAGUAUGUGUACUUGUCUUUCGGUCUGCAAGGAACAGGCUCCUGCAUAUCAAGGUAUGCAGUUUCCAGUACAGGCAAGUAUGUUAUACUGUGAGCCAGACUGAAUCUUAAAUUGGUUGACAAUGUAAUUCAUAACUCAUCUGGGAUUGUUUAACAAAUGCUGACAAAUCACAGAAUCACAUCUAAUGUUGGACAAUUUAGAUGUUUGCAAACAUGGGCUGCUGCUGCUAUUGCAUAGCAGCAGUGUACGACAGCUACUUUUACCGGUUAGUCGAAUUUAUGAGAUACCUUACCCUUCCGGAUAAUGAGAGUCUGGGCACUUUUCAAGUCCAAAGUGGCACUUGUGAGUUUGUACAAUGUUUGGCAUUCAAUGGAAAAAUAAUAUGAUUAAUAUAUACAUUUUCCAGUAAUGCUGAGAAAAUGGCUAUGCAUUGGAGCUCCUGCAGUUCCAUACAGCGCAACGUUGACCCUGUCAGCAAUCUUGUUAAGGCCCAAGCAUUUGCUCACUAUGCACACAAGGUGAAAUAGAGCACAUCAAAGCCAUUUGCAUAAUUUGUAGUGUGAAGUAGAAACAUAGGUGGUGAUCACCACUAACAGGACGCUGCCUUGAUGUCUCAAUGAUGUUCUGCCCAUUACACGAAUGAGGAAAGUGGCAUAUGAAUUUCACAGCUGGUGUGAUGCUAGGUUUGCAGGCCAUACGUCUGGAAAACUGCCAGACCAUACAAAAUAGCAUGUCACUUCGGUUGCUCACACCAGACAAAAGUACUGACCUUGCCUAACCAGCCUAUGAUUGCAAAACUCUGAAAAUAGUUCCCAACACUGGGAUUCUGCGCUUGGGCAAGAUUUUCUAAAUAAAAAGAAUGUGUAUACACAUUACACUAUUUCAAUUGAGCAAAGUAGUUGACAGCCAUACUGAUUCAUUCCUCAGGGCAAUGCCUUGACAAUUCAAAGUAAAGCUACCUGGUUUAAGUUUAAACAAAACUUGGCAGUUAACUGUCAGUCAUCAUCCAAUUUUUGCAUUCUUCAUCGCACAUCUCUACCAACUAAUCAAUAUGCUCUUCUCAGUAUGAAAAUGUUCAUAUUAUAUUGAUAUUCCCUCUUCAGGAAAAUUUGUAACAAAAUCAACAUGAAAUAUAAAAACUUUUGACUUUCUUUUGCUCUCAGCAAUACAAAAGUCAAUACAUUAAAAUGUAUAGUUAUAUUGGACAGCAUUUUUAAUUUAUGCAUGGAUCUCCAAGGAGCCAGAUUUUCCAUAGACUUCAAAAAUUGGUACUCUUGGUUUCCAAUAAUAAUGUAAACAUUGAACCAUCAGAUAAAGAAUUUAGCCACAUGGUCCCCAUCCUGUUCUGUGCAGAGUUAGUUGGUUUUACCCGUGUGGAGCUGUAACUGGUCAGAGUUAGGCAAUGAAGAAAUAACCAUAGGUUCCUGCUGCCAAUCACUAUCUAGUAACUCCUGUUGGCAAUGCAAGUUAGUGGAACCAGCAUUUAAUUGUCUUAGACACAGUGGAUGAAUAGUCUGUAGGACCUCAUUUACAAAUUACAGCAAUAAAUUGUAGCUAUUACUGCGUAUCUAACCAUACACAGUUUGCUACUUCUACAAAUCUACUUCUACUUCUGCAAUGCCACUCAUUUUACCCAAAUGUUUUCUUACCCCCUUUAAAAAUACUGAAUACUAAAAAACCAGAAUCAAUUCAGCAAGUACCUCAAUGUUUAGUGAAUAUCGGGUAUUGCUCAGAGUCUUAAAUGUACAUAUCUUGCUUUGAACAGUUUACUUAAAAGUGUGUGGUAUAAUCUCAACUUUAAUUAAUUUGGCUAACUUUAAACACUUGCUUUGUUUUUGAAAUAACAUACUUUAUCAAUAAAAAACUAGUGAGUAAUUUA